UGGGCACCUUAGCUUCCAACCCAGCCUUACAGACGAGACCCGACCUAGCUUUCGGGGACAUUCGUUUGUUUUCACGAUUCAACGACACUCGAUUAUUUUGCGAAGUUCCAGUGAAGUUUUGAUACAACUCCAGACGAAGCAUCGCCCGCACCUGUCUCUCGUUUAUUCAAACACCAGUCUAUCAAAUAUGGCCGACGCAACACCCACCAACGGACCAGACGCGCUGGACGAGACCCUCAAGCGCCUCUCGAACAAACCCGGCGUCAAAGCCACCGUCAUCCUCGACCGAGUCACCGGCGCGAUACUACGGACGAGCGGUCAGCUGUCGUCCUUCAACGCAGCAACGCUACAGACUUCCGGAGGAGGCUCCUUCUCAGGUGAGGGCGCCGCCGCGCAGCAGCAGCAGAACGGCGAGGAGCAACCGCAAGGCCUUGAGGACUUUGCCGCAAAAGUCUGGAACUGGGUGAAUGUAUCGGGCACCCUGGUGUUGGAUCUGGAUACCGAGGAUGAGUUGAAGCUACUGAGGCUACGAACGAAGAAACAGGAGCUGGUCAUCGUACCGGAUCCGAAGUACCUCCUCAUCGUAGUACACGACACACCGCCGGCCUGAGGAAUCUCAAGGUCUGGCUCACGAUUUUGGCAUCGUUCGGCGUUUCACGGACUUAUCCCCAUUGGCUUCACUGAGCGGCCAGGAUUGGCAUGCUCAUUGGCCGAUCCCAAAACGAUCGUAUUUACAAAUACGCAAGGGAAACUGGGAAACCCUCCUUCAAGGUGCCAAGCUGCAAGCUCUACGCACAUACACACACAUUGAAAACAAACAGGGGGGGGGGGG